CAGAAAAUCCUGAUAAAUAUGCCAAAUAUAUUGCAAGAAAACUAAUUCCAGAUGAAAUAUCAUCAUCGAGGUCUUGUAAAGAAUUGACUGAAUUUGAUAAGAAUCCUCAUCUAAUAAAAUAUUGUCAUCAAGUUUUUGUGAAGAACUAG